AUCCCAAAGCCCAGAGUGAAGCGCACACACAUACACACACACACACACACACACAUAGCAAAAGGCAGUUGAUGGGGGAAGCUUUUUAUUUUUAUUUUUAAAGGGACAGAGCCGAAUUGCAGCGAGCCCCAAACGGAUUUUUGGCUUCAUCCUGUACCAGUCGGAAGUUCAGACGGAACCGGGAGGAUGUGUCGGAGUGCAGUUUGGGAGAUAAAAACAGAAUUAUUCAGGGAGGAAUAAAAAAAAAAAAAAAACCAGCAGCAGCAGCAGCAGCCUCUCGUCAAUUCUCUUCUCCUCUCAGCUGCACUAGCGUUAGCGUUAGCAUUAGCAUUAGCGCAUUAGCAUUAGCAUUAGCGCCCCCUCUUCAUUUUGGCCCAGGUUUGAGACAUUUCUCUGGUUCCUAGUUUUGUAAAUCAGCCAGCCUCGACUGAAAACCCGGCGGCUUGUGUUGGGGAAUGUUAUGCAGGCCUCCAUGUCUCUCAGCGACGGGAUAAUAAUACGUAAUCAUGCAAAUCAUACUGGCUCUGACAUGUUGGCCAAGCGUGUGAUGGGAUUUUUCAGUUUAAACUGAUCAGCCCGAAAGAAAAUGAGAAUCAUCCACUUCGGGAAGGAGCAGUCUCGUGACCUGGAGAGUCAUCUCUUGCUGUGCUGAAUGUGCGUGCUGCACGGUGGCUUGCAGUGCGCUUGCACUGUAAUCAUGCGUUUUUUACUCUAAGGUGCUUUUUGUUUUGCAUAUGUAGCCCAUGAACUUCAUCCCAACUCUCAUGGCUCUGAUUGGUCAGAGACCAACAUGGGAAUCCCCAUCUGCAUUUAGUAGCAGCGCGAUGAGGCUCGUCAGAGGCGUGGUCCCGCUGUGAGCCUGCCUCGCGUGCACCCAGCCCCGGACACAUUUCGCCACAGCCAGCUUCUUUAGAGGAAAGUUGUAGCGCUUUGUCCUCCCGUUUCCGAGAGACACAAUGACAAGUAGUGUUGGGACAGUGAAGAAAGUGUGAUCUCUCCAGCGGAGUCAAGCGCUAACCCAGAAAAAUGAAUGGAGGAAAGGAGAGUGAGAGAGGGGAAGGGGAGGGGCAGCCUGCGCCUACCCAGGUGCCCAUUGGCUGGCAGCGAAAGUUGGAGUCCACUGGGGUCAUCUAUAUCAGUCCCAGUGGAUCAGUGCUGUCCAGCCUUGAACAGGUGAAGUCCUACCUACUCACGGAUGGCACCUGUAAGUGUGGCCUGGAGUGUCCACUCAUCCUCCCCAAGGUGUUUAAUUUCGAUCCUGGGGCCACUGUCAAACAGAGGACUGCAGAGGACGUGAAGGCUGAUGAGGAUGUCACAAAGCUUUGCAUCCACAAGAGAAAGCUCAUAGCUGUAGCCACUCUGCACAAAAGUAUGGAGUUACCGCACCCCUCCCUAACGCUGACCGGUCCCAGUGGAGGCACAAGUGCUGUAACGUCCAUGGCCCCUACCAUCCAGCGGUCUGCAACCCCUCGAGCAAUAAGGAAUAAGUCCCACGACGGGCUGCCGAAUUCAACACUACCUGACUGUAAGAACCCUUUCAAGAUGAUGAUGGCGGCAGGUCAGCGACACUACUCUGCAGACAUGAGCAGUGCUCAGCACCCAGAGCAUUAUUCUGGAUACCCUCGACAAAGAUUGGGCAGUAAUGAGCCAGGGCCUAAGUCUCCCUACCGCAGUGGACCUGGAGGAAUGCUGAGCCCUUCAUCAGGUUUGCAGGCGUAUGGGGAUGGCUCCCUGUCCCCUAGAACAGACUCUUUGGGUAGUCCGGAUGGAUUUCCACGAAGCAAUCCCUGUGGCUUUCAGGGGGCUGGUAGUCCCAGCCCAAUUCAUGGCAACAGCAGGACACCCAUGUCCCCUCCUGGUGUCAUGAUCCAUGGUUCUCCUGCCACCCAAUUAUCCUGUGCCAUGGCUGGAAGGACUAACACGCCUCUCUCCCCCCAAGUCCCCAACAAAAGCCCUAUCAUGAAAAAGCCACACUGUAAUGUCAGCUACCCACCUAACAUGGACAUGACCAGAGCAGUAUUUCACCACAAGGCCCAGUCUGCACCUCACCCUGUUCCUCCCCCUGUUAUGCCCCCCACAUGUGCGGUCCAGAAAAAACAGAUGACUUCUGAGAAGGAUCCUCUGGGAAUUCUGGACCCCAUUCCCAGCAAACCUGUCAUUCAAAGUCCCAUGACAAAUCCAAGCCCAUCCAACUUCCAGCCCAAUGCCCACUCUCAGGUACCAAUGAUGAAUGUAAACAUCCCUCCUGCCAUUGUCCCGUUGCCAAGCAACCUUCCAUUACCAACAGUGAAGCCUGGGCCAGUUGGCCAUGGUGGACACAUGCAGAGGGCUCAGCAUGGAGCAGCCACCUCCAUCUCCCCCUCACCAGUAACGUCCCCUGUGCACAUGUCUGGGCCUGCAAUGGGCCGCAUGGAAGCAUCGCCACAGCGUUCCCGCUCCUCUUCCACCUCAUCAGAGCAUGGGAGCUUUGCCAUGCCCUCAGGGCCUCAGGCCCCAUGUGGCAGCAUUAAGGUUCCACCACGCUCACCCAGAUCCUCCAUGGGUUCGCCCAGACCCACUAUGCCUUCCAGCCCCUCUUCCAAGCCUGACACACUCCAUCAGUACAAAGACCCCAACCAAGUUCUGUCGGGAAUGAAUAAUGCAAUCAGCAGUCAGCACAACUCCAUGUUUCCCCCAGCCUCAGGCAGUACUGCCCCCCAGAAGAACCACCCUGGACUACUGGGCAUGCCCCUCAACCAGAUCCUCAACCAACACAACUCUGCCUCUUUCCCUGCCAGUAGUCUACUCUCAGCAGCAGCCAAAGCACAGCUAGCAAAUCAAAACAAACUUGGUGGUAGCAGUGGUGGGAUAGGCAGCAGUGGUGCUGGUAUGGGUGUUGGCACAGGGAUGGGUGCAGGUGCUGGUGGCAUGGGGAGUGGAAGCGCUAGUCUUGCCAGUGGUGGUAAUAACGGAAAUGGUGGCAGUGGGAUGCCUUGCCCUCUUAGUGGUAGUGGAAGUAGUGGUAGCAGGGCUAUUGAAGGGCCCAACACUUUAAAUACCAUGUUACCACCCAGCUCGACCAUGUUAAUGCCCAUGCCUGAGGGCCAGAGCGGACGUGCAGCUCUGCGGGACAAGCUCAUGGCCCAGCAGCGUGACCCUCUCCGUAAGCGCAAGCAACCUCCUAAUGCUGGCAGCCAUGACAACAUGGUCUUCAGCAUGAUGAAACCGGACAUGAGUGGUCCCAGGCCAACUUGCCCUCCUCCGGAGCAAAUGAGGAAAGUGCACCGGCUUGGAGGUCUACCUCCUAACACCUCCAUGGCCCAGCUACUCCAGUCGAUGAGCAACCAGAGCUCCCACAUGGCCAGGGGUAGUCGGCCAUUACCUGCAGUUGGCCCUAGUCAGAUGCACUUUGGAGAGGGCGCUAUGCCCCCUGGCAUGGCCCAACAGAGCAUACAGUUACAACAACGGCUUCACAGUCAGUCAGACCCAUUGCACUGUCCAAGCAUGGAGCCUGGUGCACAAGGCCCUCAGACUCCAUUCCCUGGGAUGAUGAACCAGAUGCAAGCCACGGCUAUGGGGAACUGUGGACCAUUGGGCCAAAGUGGACAGAUUCCCCUAGGACAUCCUUCAAUGGGACACCCAAGCACUCACCCACAGCAGUUGUCUCAUGUACAUCAACAGCAGCAAGGCAUUCCUCAUGGACACAUCCGACCAAAUAUGUCCUGUAUGGUACCCAAUAGCAAUGAUGCUAGUUGUGUCCAAGCCUUGUCUGACACAGGUAAUGCAUCAUCGCUGAACUGCAGUAUAGGUAAUCCUCAGAUGGGCAGCAUCAUGAGCAGCACAGGACACAUAUACCAGCAGCACCAGCUGCAUCCAGCACUCCAGAGCAUGCAUGGGGUCUCCCCAUACCAGACCCAGGGGCACGCUUAUUCAGAAACACCGUUUCCUGAGAAUAAUGCCUCCAACACCAUGGGCUGUCUGUACCAGGACUACCAGGGAUGCAUGCCAGACGGCACCCCAAUCUCCCAUACCCAGAUCAGCGCACCGCCUGGUGUGACAUCACUUCCUGCUGAGCCAGGAAUGUUCCAGGAAGGUCAGCAAGAGCUCCAGGGACAGAACGAGGUCACGUUGGCUGCAGGCGCUGGAGGACAGGGGUCGGAGCAGUUGCCGGGCGCUGGCACGGAGACGGUGGAUGCCCUGUACCGGACAGCAGUGGACACAGCCAGUAAAGGCAUGCAAGUGGGUAUCACCAAGACAACAGCAGGCAGCAGUGGAAAGCAGGCCAGCCCUGUGCCUGCACUCAGAGCCAUGACCGCCUUCACCGCCUCCAUCGGAGAGCCGCAUGGCUUGCCACACGCUGUCAACGCUGUCAUCCACGGGCCACGUGGGCACGAAGGCACAGACGUGCUGGUGCAGCCCUGCGCUAGGCCCCCGCCCCCUACUCGAAACAACCGUGCACGCAGGAGCUCAGAGCAGGGCAAGUGCACACCUGACAGCACGGACACACACGACUACUUCCGCUCGCCCGGGCAGCAGUGGGAAGAGCCUGGUCACGCCCACUGGAGGGGGGACGAGUUUCUGGAAUGUUCAGCGCAGGUGCGCAGCAGCCCGUGCAGUGACGGUGGGGAGAGAGCGGCAAGUGGCACGGAUACAAACCCGCAGUGCCACGAGUCGUCUGAGCCGGUGGGGGAUGCAAAUCCUGGAAACUUCCGGUACAACCAGCUUCCCCUCCAUGUCAAUUUCAAAGAGCGGCUGGAGCAGACGGUGGAGCGUUGUGCUCACAUAAACGGCGGUCCGCCUCUGUGUGUGCGAGGCAGCUAUAACGAACCGCUUACAGGUGACGACCAGUCCCCCAGCUCCUCCACCAGCUUGGAGGGACCGCUGCUGAAGGACUACGCCCACUUCAACGGGCACUUUAACGGGCACUGUGCACCCAGCCCCUCAGACACCAAGAGCCUGAGCAGCGAGGAGGAGCUCCGCCACCCAGAUUCGCCCUCUGCCGAACUUCUGCACUACCGGCCAAGAGGCUUCAAUGUAGGUGAACUUGUCUGGCCAAUUAAGGGUUUCCCUCCCUGGCCUAACAAAUUAGUAGGGGAGGAGCACGGCCACAAUCCCAGCAUGCAACUGUCCGACCAGGCCAAGGUGGAGCCUGAGAAGCUGAAAACACUAACACAGGACCUGGAGGCACUAAACAGAGCUGCCAAGAGGAACAGAAAAGCUGGGAAAUUGAAUAAUCAUUUAGAAGCUGCUAUCCAGGAAGCCAUGAGUGAGCUGGACAAGAUGUCAGGCACUGUUCAUCCAAUGUCCUCAAGAGAGCGAGAACGGCAGAUGAAACUGCCCAAACCCAAAAGGAGGAAGAUCUCCAGAUAACAGAGAGAGAGAAGUGACCAGAACAGAAUCCAGCCUCACAGAAUCCUAACACACACUCGUGUUCUCGCGCCGUCUCUCUCUCUCUCUCUCUCUCUCUCUCUAUCUAUCCCUAUCUCUCUCUCUCUCUUUCUUUCUCUCUCUGUUAAACUCAGACCUGGUGCUAUAUCCUAGCAGAUGGCUCGUCAAGGCCCCGCCCUCACAAAGUGACUGACAGGUGCUGGAUAAAGCCAAUCAGAAAUGGUGGCGAUUUGACUACAACUCACUGAAGAACUAUUUUUUUCUAGAAUACAAAGAAAAUAUGGAAAAAAGAAGAAAAAAAUUACUGCAUUUAAGAGAAUAGACAGUCCAAAUAUUUCUGAUACAUUUUCAAUGUGUAUAUAGACAAUACAGAAAUUUCAUGGUGAAAUCUUGGGAAGAAAUGUAAAUAUUGUACGAUAAUGCCAUGUACAAGCAGACAAUGCAUACUUUAUCUUCAGUUGUACAAAAAAAGAAAUCAAAGCAGAAAACAUCUACCAAUGUGCUGGUUUCUAUUCAGUUCUCGGCCCAUAUGGCCACGUGUGAAUAGGACGAAAUAGAGUCAGUCGGACGAUUUUAUGUGCUUCUUUUGGAGUGUGUGUGUGCGUGUGCGUGUGGCUAUAACUUGCAGGAAUGGAGAUAACCUUAAACAAUGUCAUACACUCAUGAGAGUGUAACAGAAUGGCUGUUCACAGACCUGUGUGUGUGUGUGUGUGUGUGUGUGUGUGUGUGUGUGUGUGUGUGUGUGUGUGUGUGUGUGUGUGUGUGUGGACGAGUGGACUUCACCAGCUGAACGGGACAUUCUCCGUUGCAGGACUGACUAAAGUGUUUGGACCCCUAUAGUUUGGUCUUCUAUCAGUGAACACUACCAGAACACACUUGUCAUCCUGGCUGUACUUGUCAUUUAUUUCUCGUGAGAUUGGAAAUAUUCGUACCACAGCCUAUAGAUCAAAAAUUGAUGACCCACCAAACCUCCAGCUUGAUUAUAAAUAUCACAUGACGUGUGCAGAUGUGACCGUCAUCCAGGUCUAGGGGUAGUUUUGCAAUUUAGGGGCCUUAUUUUAUUUUAUUUUUUGGUUAUAAAUUAUUUCUGUACAGUAUUCUGUAUUUAUUUUAACUGUUCAAUUGUUCUUGGCAAUAAUUGCAACCCUGAGCGAAUGCUCUGUAAAGCCUUACAUGUGUAUGUAUAAAGCGUAUAUCUAUAUGUAUCACUCUUACUCAAGAGUUACAGCCUUCAUAUUCAGUAUUAUUCCUCUAACAGAUUAACAGAUACCUAUAUUUUUUUGCCCCGUGCAGUGUCAUAGCUUGUUGUAUAUCGGUGUUACUGUUACUAUUUUUCUGUUGCAGCAGUGUGUAGGACAGUUUGGUGAAACUCCCCGACUCAGGGAGAGCUAUCGUCUGUUCAGAUUUCACUUCUUCAAGAAGAGGGCUGUGAGUUGAUUUUAUUGGUAUACACAGUGUUAUUGUUUAUCUGUGUAAUACCAUAUCUGACCACCAGAGGUCAGAGAGUAAGAGAUUACAGAAUAGAAAGGGCGCUAUGUGGACGUCGAGUGUGAUUUGGGUACAAGUUUUACACUUGUAGCAUGUACACUGAGAUCCGUUAGCACAGAAAGACACAGCUGACCUCAAAUCAGUGUGAUCACUGUCAGACUGUGAAAGAGAAAUGUAGAGAGUGGUGUAACACUACAGUCUUAUUUGAAACACUAAUGAGAACAUGGCCAUAUUCCUCAUAACUCCUAUAUAUACUGACCUGAUAAGUUCGAAUCGUGGCCAGGAGACCAAGCAAGGAAAAUCGGAAGGGAUGGUGUUACUCUCUCCACUGUCAAUAAGAAAGAAAUGAACCAAUCAUGGGCACCUAUGAGAUUAUGUAUGUGGAAGAGGGUAGAUAGCUCUUUCUUCCUGUGGUGUAGCAGGUGCAGCAGUUUGAAAAGAUUUGCGUGUCUUAGAAGGAAGGACAUGUUAGUCUUCAUCCUCCCUGGUUGGUACCUGCUAAGGGAGAGCUGCCUAGUGGGUGGGAAUUAGCAAGAAAAUAGGGUAAAAAUAAAGAAUAAUGAUGUGGCCUACGAAAAUCCAACCAGUCAGUACAAUGGGACAUCUUUAGGAGUGUGGCUUUAGGAAUUAGCUGACUGUACCUUUAAGAUGAUGAAAGAAUAUACCUCGUGCAGGAGGUUUUAAAAAAAGGAAUCGUGAGCAAACGUUCACAUCUAACUCUAUCACCCUGCUACAAGGAAUAGGGACAGGUCAGAUUAUGAUGUAUUGAUCUCGACUAGCUAAACAUUUUAGUAUUUUGUAAGUGUGUAUGUGUUUUGUGUGCGUGUGUGAGAAAUAUACAGUUACACAGAGGGCAUGUUUUUCACAUCUGGAAUUUUGAUUCCCACCAUUUAGUUUCUGCUGUUAUUGUUUUAUCUUUAUAGGAAAUACACUACUAAGAGUUCUGAGUGCAAUAUAACAGAAUAUGGAUCUGAAAGCAGCCAUGUUGUGUCAUCCGAAUGUCCUGUACGUUUUCAUCACCUUUCUCCUCGAUGUCUGUUAGGCACAAACAGUCAAAAAUCCCCAAUUUACCUAACUUUAAGAUGCUUUAUUAAUUAUUUCCCAUGCUGAAAUAUGCACUGUGCAUGUCCUGAGGUUCUGGUGAAGUCCACUCUGAGCACAGAACACAGCCCUGUCCCUUUCACUCACAGUGUCUCAAGGUCAAAACCAGUUUUGUGUUCAGAUACUCAGUGUUGUCCAUGACUUUCUGCUCAUCUAUGUUUGCUAACUUUCUUUUUCUGAGGUUUUUUUUUUCUUUCUUCGUCUCUUUGCUUGAUCUUUAUCUGACUGGUAUGACCAACCUUUACGUCGUCAGUCGUCAGUAUCGGAGGGUUUUUUUCCCUUCCCGAACCAACAUGUAACUAAGUAUAUAUUUUCUCAUUGAUAUAUAUACUUUACAGCCGUUGACUUUGCAAAGUAUGUUGUGCACUUGAUUUUGUUUGUUUCAGCUAGCUAUGAUGCUGAGGUUAGGGAUAGUUUGUUGAAGUCCAUCAUUUCUUAUUGCUCUUUUUUUUUUUUUUUUUUUUUUUCGUUUGCUUUUGUUUUGUUUGUUUUUUAGAUUUUUAUGGGUUGUCCUGAACAGCAGUUUUGUAAAUAUUGUGAACAUUACAGGUCAUACUGUGAUGUAACAUUGAAAUAAUGUUGCACCGAUGUUUCAAUUAAAAACUGAUCACUCAUACUUGAAA